AUGCCCAGCUUUCGUAAACCAUGGCCAGUGUCCCGCAGGGAUACGGAUGGCAUCACUCUCAAUACGCUCGAGGACAAGGAGGCUACGGCGACCGCCACCCCUGCUGAGGUUGACGACCACGCUAAGGCUGCUGCGGCUCAGAAGGACCUCCAGACAUUCAGUGAUUUGCACCGGUGGGACCCCAACCUGGAGUCGGAUAAGCGCGAUGCUAUCGAGGAGGCUGUCAAGAAGGGCGAUGUCGAGGCCGAAAUCAGCCUCGAUCAGGGUCUUGGAGAAAACUCUCCUUAUCCUGAAGUCGCUUCAGCAGUGCCCAACACUGAUGACCAUACGCUCCCCUGCAACACGAUCCGGGCAUGGGUUAUCGGCCUCAUCUUCACGACCAUCGGAAGUGGGUUGAACAUGCUGUUCAACCUGCGCAACCCGAGUAUCACCAUCACUUCGAUUGUUGCUCAGCUCCUCUCGUACCCCAUUGGCAAGCUCUGGGAGAAGACGAUGCCUUCACGUCAGUUCAACCUGUUCGGGCUGAAGUUCAGCCUUAACCCCGGGCCCUUCAACGUCAAGGAGCACACGCUCAUCACCAUCAUGGCCAACGUGACGUUCGGCAACGGAGUGGCCUACAGCACCGACACGAUCGAAGCUCUGCGCGGCUUCUACGGGUACGAUCUGGGGUGGGGCUUCAACCUGCUCUUCACCUUCACGACGCAGAUGCUCGGCUUCGGGCUCGCGGGCUCCUUCCGCCGCUUCCUCGUGUACCCGGCGGCCAUGAUCUUCCCGCAGACGCUACCCAACUGCGCGCUGUUCUUCACGCUGCACAAACGCGGCUCCUCAGCGCCCAACCCGGCCGACACGAACGGCUGGUCCAUCAGCCGGUACCGGUGGUUCCUGUACGUCGUCAUCGGCGGCUUCGUGUGGUACUGGUUCCCCGGCUUCAUCUGGCAGGGGCUCAGCGUCUUCGCCUUCGUGACCUGGAUCAAACCGCGCAACCCGGUCAUCAACCAGCUCUUCGGCGGCUACAGCGGGCUGUCGCUCAUCCCCAUCACCUUCGACUGGACGUACGUCACGUCGUACAUCCAAUCCCCCUUAAUCCCACCAUGGCACGCCAUCGCCAACACGCUCAUCGGGCUCGUCGUGUUCCAGAUCGUCACGCCGCUGGGGAUCCACUACACCAAAGCCUGGUACUCGGAGUACCUGCCCAUGAGCGACUCGGACAGCUACGACAACACGGGCGCGCCAUACAACGUCAGCAAGAUCCUCACGCCAAGCUACCGCUUCGACGAGCAAAAGUACAAAGCGUACUCGCCCAUCUUCCUGUCGACGACGUUCGCCAUGUGCUACGGCCUCAGCUUCGCCACCAUCGUCGCGACCAUCGUGCACACGGCGCUGUACCACCACCGCGAGCUCUGGUACCGCGCGCGCGCCGCCCGCCAGCAGGAAGACGACGUGCACGCGCGGCUGAUGAAGCGCUACCCGGAGGCGCCCGACUGGUGGUUCUGGGCGCUCGGGCUCGUCAUGAUCGGGAUGGGCUUCGGGACGGUGCUGGGCUACCCGACGGAGCUGACGUGGUGGGCCUACAUCAUCGCCGUGCUCAUCGCCGCCGCGUGGUUCGUCCCCAUCGGCAUGGUGUGGGCGAUUACGAACGUGCAGAUCGGGCUGAACGUUUUUACCGAGUUCGUCAUCGGCUACAUGCUGCCCGGCCGCCCGCUGGCCAUGAUGUGCUUCAAGACGAUCGGUUACAUCACCAUGUUCCAGGGCUUGCUCUACACCCAGGACCUCAAGCUCGCGCACUACAUGAAGCUCCCGCCGAAGACGGUGUUCUGGGCGCAGGGCGUCGCGACCGUGUGGGGGUCGGUCGUGCAGAUCGCCGUGCUGGACUGGGCCUUCGGCGCCAUCAAGGACAUCUGCAAGUCGGGCCAGAGCGCGCGCUUCACCUGCCCCAACGGCCGCGUCUUCUUCAACGCCUCCAUCAUCUGGGGGGCUAUAGGCCCCCGACGCAUGUUCUCGGGCGACGCGACGUACGCCGGGUUGCAGUGGUUCUGGCUCAUCGGCGCCGUGACGCCCGUCGUCUUCUACGUGCUGGCGCGGCGGUUCCCGCAUUCGCCGGCAAGGUAUCUGAAUGCCCCGGUUAUGUUCGGGCAGCUGAAUUACAUUCCGCCGGCGACGCCGCUGAUUUACUGGGCGUGGGCGAUUGUGGGGCUGGUGUUUAACCGGCUGAUCAGGCGCAGGGCGAGGGGGUGGUGGAUGACGUAUAACUACAUCACGUCGGCCGCGCUGGAUUCGGGGUUGGCGUUGAGCACGAUUGUUAUUUUCUUUGCGCUGUUGUUGCCGCAGGUCAGUCCGCCGCAGUGGUGGGGGAAUACGGUGAUUGAGACGUUGGAUUAUGAGGGCUCGGCGGUGCAGAAGACGGUUGCGCCGGGGGAGACGUUUGGGCCUAGUCAUUGGUGA